UCACCGCGGCUGCCGGAGGGAAGGGAUUCUCUCUCUGCGGGUCUGCCGGAGGACGGAUCCACUCUCUGUACUGCAGUGCCCGACCGAGAAGCGUCGGCCGACUGCCACCGGGAGACGGAACGGAGACGGAGACGGAGACGGAGACGGAGACGGAGACACGCGCUCAGACGGCCCCGAUAUGAAGACGGCCGUGUGGCUGCUGCUGCUGACAGUGACGGUAGCCGCCGUCUCAGCCAGAGGCUACCGAUCGGGCGGAGGUCACGGUGGAGGUCACGGAGGUCACGGCGGAGGUCACAGCUACGGCAGAGGUCGCGGCAAGGGCGGCAAGUUCAACAUCGGCUCGCUAUUCUCCAAGAAAGGCCGUCUGUUCAGCGGAAUCAAGCACAAGUUCAGCGGCAUCACGCACAAGUUCAGCGGCCUCAAGCAGAAGCUGGGCGGCCUCGUAGGCGCCGUGAAGGCGCCGCUGGUGCUAAUCAAGGGAAAGCUGCUGCGCAAAGGAGGUCGCCUGCUUACUACCAAGGGACGGUUCCUCACCAGUUUGGCCAACAAGCUGACCAGCAAGUUCAACAAGGGCGGAGGCCACGGCGGGUACAGUGGAGGCCACAGCGGGUACAGUGGAGGCCACAGCGGCGGAUACGGCGGAGCCGGUGGCGGGCACAUCUCCGUCCAGCCUUCGACCACCUACGGGGCGCCCUCUAGGCCCAGCAGCGGGUACGGGGCGCCCUCUAGGCCUAGCAGCGGGUACGGGGCGCCCUCUAAGCCCAGCAACGACUACGGGGCGCCCUCUAGUGGAGGUCACGGCGGCGGAUCCGGACACUCGUCCGGAGGUCACGGCGGCGGAUCCGGACACUCGUCCGGAGGUCACGGCGGCGGGUCCGGACACUCCUCCGGAGGUCACGGCGGCGGGUCCGGACACUCGUCUGGAGGUCACGGCGGCGGGUCCGGACACUCGUCUGGAGGUCACGGCGGCGGGUCGUCCGGUCACGACGGCCGCUCGCUCUCGGGCGGCUCGGUCUCCAGCUACUCGUCGUACGCCUAGGACAGAACAUGGAACAUGAAGUUCACACCUGGCAACACAGCCGGCCUGCCCGUCUGGCAUCACCUGUCUGGAAGCCCUCACCUGGCAUCACUCGUCUGGCAGCUCUCUCAGUGUGCAGCACAGCCGGACGGCAACUCUCUGUCCGGAGAUUUAUCCCGUACGACUCCGUCCGGAGACUCCUUCCGUGCACCUCACUGGAGACGCAGCCCGGACAACUCUCUAUGUCCGGAGCUCGCUGUCCGGAGGACACUGUCCGGAGCUCUCUUUCUGGACAGUCUGUCUGAAGAGUCUGUCUGUGGGACAGUCUGCCGCAUGUGGCAGAUCGUGGCAGAGCAGCCACAGAGCCGUGCUGUUUUCGACCUCACCAUGCCUCUCGGGCCCCACCCGCCUACACACACAUCAAAUGCAGCGCCGGCGACAAACCGUCUUCCACCAUCACUUAUAUGUAGAAAUGCCUGUGUAGUGUGUAGUAAGUUUUAUGACUCAGAUAGGAAAAACCUCUAACAGUGUAUAUCUAUCAGCGCCAUUUUUACGUCAAUAUAUGCUCGGUGAUACCGUUUGGGGCUGAAGGUAGAUAGAAUCGCGGUGUGAUUGGUAUAUUAGGUAUAGCAAAUGGGCUAAAGUGCAGCAAUAAUCAAACUCUGCGUCGCUCGUUGCCUGCCACCGUAUGAGCGUGUGUCCGGGCCCGGAACCGGUGGCUGCUGGCCGCCCGGUGACGUCACACCGGUGGCUGCGGGUCGCCCAGUGACGUCACACCGGUGGCUGCGGGUCGCCCGGUGACGUCACACCGGUGGCUGCGGGUCGCCCGGUGACGUCACACCGGCUCACGGUGCGGCCGGUCGUAUUCGGACGCCGGCCAUUGACGCCGCCGGGCGGCUCGACCACCAAUCGGUGAACAGAGCGCGUUAGGCCGGCGCUAAGACGUCAGGCCGACGCGUUAGGCCGCGUUAGGCCGGCGGUAACACGCGUCUGGUACGGGAUAACAGCGGUGUAACACACGCCAUGUUAACUCACUGUGAACAGGGUCCACAAAUACUAGUAUAGAGGUAUAAAUACUGGUAUAGAGACAGCCUCAUCGCGGCAGCCCACGGUGUUUGCCCCUGAGAGCAGUCGCCAAAUAAAUGUCAUCCGACA